UAGGCUGUCUGGAAGGACCUAGCAAGGGGCUAAGCGAUUGCGCCUAAUUAGUGCUUAAUUUGCCGGGCACCUGGCUUAUCCACACGUCCCGCUCAGUUUCUGAGUUCCCUUGGGACUGUGCUGCCUGGUCCACAAAUGGGCGACGCCUCCGCACCUCACGGAGGUGAAGCUGGAAAGCUGCUUCAGGCUCAUAAAAGCCUGUCCGUGCUGUGACAUUCUGCGUAAGGCGGCAGCGGGUGCCGCCUGAGGCCUUGGUCCGCGGUGGCUGGGCAGCCUCCACCGCGCCCAGGAGCGUCGCUGGUGACGAAGCGCCCCGUCGCAUCCUCCCAUAUGGCACGUCUGAUGCAAAAGUGUCCCUUUGUCGUACUCUGUGUUGUCCUGUGCUAACGACUGCAGGUGCUGAGCGCGUCCAGGAUUUUGCAGUCACACGUAUAAUCCAGUUUAGGGCAGCUCAGGGAUCCCUGCCCUUUUUCAGGAUGGUUAUUCACUAUUCUGACACAGAUUUAUUAGAAUUAACUGGAUAUCCUGUCUUUGCUGCUUUAUUCGCACAAACCUGUGAUCAUCUGAGUCUCUUUAAGAAUGCUAUGGAGAGACGGCUAAGUCACGUCUCAUUCUGCGUCCUCAGAGGGACCCAGUUUCUCUUGAAGAAGGGAGAGCCUUUCUGACAAUCUGGUUGGUAUCUCCCCAAAACACGCGUGUUCCGAUGUGUUGGCUUCGAAUAGCAGAUCGUGUAGGCCUGCUGUGGUGGAUUCAUACAUCAGUACCUUGAUAAGAAAGACUGACCCUAUAAUUGUUAUGUCACUUUUUUAUAGGUAUAUAACUUUCCAACACCGGUGCAACCUCAGACGGUAUUUUAAGAGAAUGUUGUUUAAACCGAUACAGAAAAGUUGAGGGAACAGCAGAGCUUUUUUGAAUCAUAGCAUCAAGUACAACUCGAUGCAGCUCUAGGGUUGCCCUAGGGAAUGAAGCAAAACUUGCAGGCCCAGUUCAUUAGUAAGCUUGCUUUGUUGUGUGUAUGUGAGGCAGUAUCUGAGCUGUCGAUAAAGCUCUGGGAAGUAAUCUCUGCCAUUUAAAUGACACGUAGCUUGUAAACUGGGAGGAGGUAUUUCUGGUAGAGUUGGAUGGUGCUGAGGUAUGGCUCAAUUAAAUAUUUUACUGAGUAAUCAUUUUGUUUAUUGGUGUUUUCUCCAUAUUUAUCUGAUGAGCUGGACCCAAACAUAUUUGAAAGUUAAAAGAAUGCAUUUCCUUAGUUUAAAUAAACAAAACAAACCCUGUAACUUUAAUUAGAUAUUUAAUGGAGAAAUAUUUUUGUGCCUAGUUAAUAAUAAUUUUUGUGCAUGCUUUAAGUGCCGAGAAGAGGAUAUUCAGAUGGAUGCAUAUUCCUCAUGAAAUGCAGAGAACCGAAAUGCAGACGACUGUAUGCCAGAAAGCUGGCCAGUGAGUAGCUUAUGUUUUCUUUUAGGAAGACUGCUCCGGUCAGCAUACUGCGGCGUGGCUGCUCCGUGCCUGUGGAUGAACAGGAAGUGAAGCAGGCCUAGAGAGGAACUUCACUUAUCUUUUAAUAAGUGUCAAAAAAUGGGUUAAACUUGUCAACGAUCAGUCUCUUCAUUUUACUGCCACUAAUCUUAUUCUUGAAAUACUGGACUAGUUGUGGGCUGAGACCUUGCAAGCUAAACCUCACCCUUUAGGAGGUUGUUUUGUGUGACUGUUCCAAUGGCAGAGAAGGUUGUUACUCAUGAGCAUAACAUAAUGAACGUAUGCUCUCUCAUGAUUUUUUCCUAAACCUUGGUGUCAUGUUGAAGGAGGAUUAUGAAAGAGGAAGAUGAUUGCUUUUUCUCAAAUCUCUACUUCUGUUGGGAAAGAGGACCUUUUUGGUACAGUGUCAGAUGGAUGAACUUACCCAAAGCACGUUCUGUGGUCCAUGAUUCCGAUACACAUAAUGGAGCUGAAUUUUGUUUAUUCAGACUACGCUCCGUUUACAUGAAAUCUAUGGGACCUUCUCGAAAAGAGUACACAAUUAAGGAUCACAUUUUUGGUCAGUCUUGAGUUCUUUUCAACAGUCUUAAGAGGACUGGAAAUAGAGCAGUGAAAGCGCUGGUGUCAGGUAACAGCAUUGUAAGUAAUACGUGCACAGUAAAUACAGGCUCACACUCAAUUUUGACUAUGUAUCUUAUAAAUUAAGCUCUGCAAGCUGUUUCGGGAUGAUAAUUUGUUUACCUCCUUAAAGGAGUCCCUACUAAAAUAAUCUUUUAUGUUGUAUAUGCUCUUUAUCUGUGAGGCAUAGUUGACUUGUUUUGAUAAUUGAUGAUGUCAGAAUAAAUGUUGUUUCAGGACAAAUACUAAAACUGUUAAUAGGGUGUGGGCAUUGAGGAGCCCUUCCAUCCUUAUAUAUCUGCCUGUGCAGUGUACUGUGGAGGAAAAAUGAUUAUGAAGUAGAAGUCCAUCUUUUGAAUGGUAGAGAAGAGAAAUUAAAUACCUGCCUUGAGCUGAGGCAAACCUCUUAAGAAGCUGCAGUUUAAAAAGAAAUUUUCUGGAAUCUCACGCUACUUAAUCUAGGUUUGUUAGGAUAUUAAACAGGAUCUAGGAUUCACCUCCAAAUUUUGGUGGAAGAAGGCUAUGUACAGUCCCAGAGAAUGGGGAGGUUUUGAUCCCAUUUCUAAAGAGUAGCUGUUUUGACCAGGAGCAUCCCGGUUCUGCCUGGGUUCAUUUGGAACUUGCAGCUUUUCCUUAAAGAGCUGAGAUCUCCAGACAGCCUGACGAUGUGCAUACUGACUGUAUUAGUGGAAUUAGUAAGGCAGAAUAAUUAAUCACAGCUCUUAAAAUUUUAUGUAAUUUCUGCUUGUUGAUUUUGAUCGGAAGCAACCUUUAUAAAACAUUUAUUUAUUCAAUAACUGAAUGUACCAGAUGCGCUUGUGCAAAUAUUCCUUCUCUUUUUAUGUUUUAUAGUGAUUUGAGAGAAGGAGCUUGCAGGGUUAGAGAGCUAGAUAAAGCCUCCAGUAGAAUAAUGUCUUUGUUAGGAUGUUGUGAUGCCACUGGAGACACCACAGCAGUCCUGUGAAGAGGGGUACUUCUUACGUAAGGAUGCAAUGCAAAGAGAACAGCGGGUUUUCUGGUCUUUCCUACUCUGCUCUUGGAAUUAUUAUUUUUAUAAUGAGCUCACUGUUAGUCCGUCCUGUCUGCUGGCUUAAGGAGGACUGUGAAAGCACUGUAGUUGUGUUGCUGUGCCUUUUUUCUAUGUGGAAAAGGAAACUGAUAAUUAGCGGUAAAUGCAGAAGAUAAUAGGCGCAGUCAAGUGCAGGCGUAUCAGCGGUGUGCGUUUGCGUCCUGUCCAGUACCAAGUGGUGCAGUGCGCAGGAAAACGUCCCUCUUCUCUCUCUGGUUGGAAAGCUCGAUUCUCACAGUUCACAGGAAGUGCUAGAACUGAAGAGGGAGCCUGUAUGGUGCCUGUCACUGUCCGUGGCAGGGCCUGAUCCGCUUUUGCAGCUGAAGGUGAUAGACUGGGAGCUUGGUGGAGCAGGAGUCCGGGGUGUUGCACAGCGCGCGGGGCCAAUGAGAGCGUGCAUUUCGGGACGUGCUGCUGCAGAUGGCCUAUUGCGGCGGGCGGGGUGGAACGGCAGCCACCCAAAUUCAUCCAGCAGAUGACAUUUUGCUGCAGGAGCGUGGCGGAGCCAAUCAUGCACUGCACCACGCAGCCAAUGGACGCCGGUCUCUUACCCAGCCACUGGCAGGGGCUCUGUGACUGUCGGACCUUGGUGCGGCUCUGCAAACUGCAUGCCUGCAGACAGCCCUCUCCCAGUUUGUUUCUCAGCACAACAGUCAUCCUUGCUGCGAUUCGUUUCCCUCACUGCCACGGCUGCCUACCCAGCAGACCUGCUUACGAGAGCCAGAGGGAUGGUGGUAGUUACAGGGCAGAACAAAGUGAGUGGAAACCCGGAUGAUGCCAUGUCGAGCUCAGAUGCAGAGGAUGAUUUCCAAGAGCCAGCCACUCCUACUGCAACCCAGGCAGGACAAGCACUACCUCUGCUGCCUCAGCAGUUCCCAGAAGUUGUGCCGCUCAACGUAGGAGGCAUGUAUUUUACAACAAGACUGUCAACACUGAGACGUUAUGAGGACACAAUGUUGGCGGCUAUGUUCAGUGGAAGACACUAUAUUCCAACAGAUCCCGAAGGCAGAUACUUUAUUGACAGAGAUGGAACCUACUUUGGAGACAUACUUAACUUUCUACGAUCUGGUGACCUGCCACCAAGAGAACGAGUGAGGCCAGUUUACAAGGAAGCUCAGUAUUAUUCCAUAGGGCCAUUGCUAGACAACCUAGAGGAUAUCCAGCCUCUUAAAGGAGAAAAAGUUAGACAAGCUUUCCUGGGCCUAAUGCCAUAUUACAAAGAUCAUUUGGAACGGAUAAUUGAAAUAGCAAAGCUUAGAGCCAUGCAAAGAAAAGCAAGAUUUGCAAAAUUGAAGGUCUGUGUCUUCAAAGAAGAGAUGCCCAUCACUCCCUAUGAAUGCCCACAUUUCAAUUCUUUACGUUUUGAAAGGAGUGAAAGUGAGACAAAGCUAUUUGAGCAUCAUUGUGAAGUAGAUGUAUCUUUUGGCCCCUGGGAGGCUGUGGCUGAUGUCUAUGAUCUUCUGCACUGUAUUGUGACAGACCUGUCUGACAGAGGGAUAACUGUGGAUCACCAGUGUAUUGGGGUGUGUGAUAAGCACCUGAUAAACCACUAUUACUGCAAGCGUCCUAUCUAUGAAUUCAAAAUUACUUGGUGGUGAGUUAUUUUGUUCGGAAUGUGCAGGGGAGAAGACGACUUCUAGACGACAAAUGCUUUCAAUGUUUUUGCAACGUGUCUCUGGAAAUGCAUUGCUGCUAACGUAUAUUGGAAUCCGUCUGCUGACAUGUUGGCUAACGCUUAGCUGCUCAGCGAAAGGGAACCUGUUACAGAGGUGGGAAAACCUCUGAAAUCUUGAAAAACCAGCCUGAAACAAGACUGUUGGCUCAGGUACCUUAACGAGGCACAAAACAAAAUCACCUCACGGAAAUUGUGGAGAGGAGCGUCUGACAUCUUCUAAAAGGUGCCACCUACCAUGUGGCUUUAGUAUCAUAGUCUGCAAAAUAGAUAUUGCAGAUCUCAGCUGCAUUAUUAUAAAGCUGGGGUGCUGAUAAUGCUGACAUGACGUGGUUGAAUUUUACCCUCUUAGAAAUGGUUUUAGUCACUACUUAAACUUACCACUGUAUAAAAUCGAAUAACACCAAGCACAGAGAUUCUGGAAAUGUAAUUUUGAUGCAAUAGAUAAUUUUAAAAAAAUUAGGAGUAUUCCCUAUAUAUCAUUAAUUGUUGUCAUGAUUAAGCUCUAUUUCUUUUUUAAUUAAGGAUCUGCGUUAUGAAUUACAGUAUUAUAUUUCAAUUAUUUCUAUUGUUAUAAGAAGGAAUAGCAGAUUUGGAAUAUAUUCCUUAAUGCUUUUAGGAAUAAUAACGGUUCGUGGAAGACUUGUGCCUGUUUUUAGCCUUAGAAAUUCUAAAUGUUUACAGUAUCUACAAAAAAAGAAGCUCUACAGAAUCAGGUCAUUUACAAAGGCUUUUGGUAAAUGAGAAAAUGCUAUAUGUAUGUUCCUAUUAGCAGAAGUAAGAGGAAUAUUUAAUGUAUAUUAUUUUAUUACUGACUCUUUUUACAUUCUGUGAUAUUAAACUUUGUUCUAGAGUUCGAGUCAAAUGAUGUUACUAGACAAGUGCUUCCUUCACCUCACCUUCAGACAAUUAAGCCUCAUUUUUAACAUUCUUGUUGACCCUUGUGUAAUAUAAGGAAAAAAAGGUCAACCUUUAUAUUAGAAAAUUUCUGCAAUUAUAAACCAAUAUAUCUGGGUAGUAAAUUUCUUUCUGCACUGAAAGAGGCAGCCAUUGCAGAAUCAUAGUCUUUCCAGAAGGGAAUUGUUGCACUUCUGACAUUAGUAGCCACAACCCGAAGUUGAAUUACUUUAUGUCCAAGACUGAAAGGUAGAUCUAAACAUCUGAAGGUAGCACUGUUUUGUGAGGUACAGAAAGCUCAAGUUUUUUUCUAAAAGACCCCGCUUGAGGUGGCCUCAAAAUAAUCUUAAAGAGAGAGGGAAAGUAAAUGUUUGCACAUUGCAUUCCAUUGGAUUAGUUAAUCCAAGAACAUUGCUUUUUUAAACUUUUGACCAAAACACUGAAGACACACGUUAAUUUGUAAUUAAACUUCUCAGUUACUUGAGGUAAUUCUUAGAAUAAUUCUAAGAACUUCAUGAUCUAAUUGUCUUGCAAAAGAGACAAAUUAUUUGCAUUGUCACACUUUUAUGUAUUUAAUUUAGGAAUUUUUAGUAAAUUGUCUCUCUGAGAUGGGGGCAUAUAGCUCUAAUGAUCCCUUUUCAAGUGUUUACUUACCGAGGAUCAUUGUCAAGUGCUGAGUUUCAAGUCCAGAACUAAAAUUUUGAAAUGGAGGGAAGAAGGAAGUUAGGUGCGUUUGGAUCUUAUUUGCGGUUUGUUUAAAUGUUUUUUUUUAAAUAUUGGCCUUUGUGUUACAAGUUGCUGUGUUGGACAACCCAAAUUUAAAAGUCAAACUGAGACUAGCAAAGCUUCCCUAAAAUGAGAGGAAGCUUGUAUGGUUUCUUUGCUGCUCUGCUGGCUUCAUAUUUUUUCCACAGGAAACUUUAAACUGCAAACCACAAUUUCUAAUAAAAUGACAUAUGAUGUUAAAGCUGAGGCUUACAAAGUUUUGGCUGCUUGUACACUUCAGACAUUUAAGUUCAGGAUUUUCAGCAUCAGUUGAUUUAGAGACUACAACGACAACUGCAGUUUUACUGGGUUAUUUGGUGGGGUUUGCCACUUCCCAUAUACAUGUUUACAUGGGACAUAACUCUGGUUUGAAUUUCAGCACUACUUGCAGAAACGGAGCACAGUCUGAUUUAACAGUAUGUUUUCUGGUUUGGCGUUAAGAAUUUUUCCACUGUUAUUUUAGAGAAGCUACGAUGACAAAAUUCCUGUUUCGAUCGUGUUUGCUAUUUCUUAAUAUGCACACACUGGUAUUUUAUAACCUUUUCCUGUUUAUUGCUUAAAUAAGUAGAGACGACUACCUAACCAAAAAGAUGAAAACUAAAAUCUGGUCUGUAUCACCUGUAUCUUAACUGAAGCUUUCAUCCUUCAGAUCCUCCAGCAGACAGCAAAUGUUAAGUGCAAUAUUGAAAAAGAAAACACGGAUUUGAGCCGACACGCGAACAGAUUAAACACAUCCAUUCUGUGUUGUGAUUUGUGCAAGUUAACGAUAUUGUUAUUGACUACUCUUGUUCUAAGCAGUCUUUGUUUACAAUGAUGUAGAUGAUAUCGCCUAGUGUGUAUUCAUUUUUUGACAGAAGUAGAAGAGUUGAGCAGGUGGAUGUUGGGCAGUAUAAGAACUGGUUUGUAUAACAUUAUUGACUUUUCUUGGCAUAUAGCGUAAUUUUUGAAAUUCUGCAUUUGCAACAAAAAUGAGUAGCUGAUCUACUAAAUCCAUGUUUAAGAUGAUUGAUGUUUUUGUAUAUCAUGAAUGCUUUAUAAUUGUCUAAUUAAACUAAAUGCCAAUGCUUUUAUUUU